AUGUACCAGUUCGUUGAGAGAUGGCGUUCGCGCUGCGAAUCCAAAGCCAACGAGCUUAAUCUGUGGAAUAGGUACUUGUACAUCAACUAUUGCAAGGAAGAUCAAGACCCUUUUGCCGGAUAUGGCGAAGAGAAUAAGCUGAGACUGAAAGCAAUUCAAGAAAAGGUCGAUCCAUUAGGCCUUUUCACCAAAGACGGACUCAACAGAGGAUACUUUAAGCUUCGUUAA